AAUUUUGCGUUGGGUCUUUUUUAUCUCAUCACGAAUUUCAGAAAUAAUUGAGUCUCGAUUCAUUGUUUUAAACACGGGGAACUCUUGCCUGAUUCAGAAUACAGUGGAUGCUAAAUACAAUUUAGCUCGAAACAGAAAUAUUGCAGUUAGAACAAUGAAUUUUAAUUUCGCAGGAAAAAGAGCUUUGGUGACCGGAGCUGGGAAAGGUGUUGGAAAAGCUUUAACAUUGAAACUUGCUGAGCUUGGAGCUGAGGUGCUCGCUGUUAGCAGAACGCAAUCUGAUUUAGAUGCUUUAACUAAAACUAGUCCAAAGAUCAAAACUCUCCUUUUGGACAUUGGCAAGUGGAGUGCAACUAAGGAAGCACUCAAAAAUGUGGGUCCAAUUGACUUCUUGGUAAACAAUGCUGCAAUCAUGGAUGUUAAAGAGUACGGCGAUAUCAGCGAACAAGAAGUUGACAGGACAUUCGACAUAAACGUGAAAGCAAUUAUUAAUAUAAGUCAGUUAAUAGCCAAUCAGAUGAAAGAACGGGGUGAAGGAGGGUCGAUAGUGAACGUAUCCAGCAUGCUAGGAUUGCAAGUGGGUCCAGCAUACGGCGUUUAUUGUGCCAGUAAAGGUGCAGCGGGUCAGGUGACCAGAAGUAUGGCUUGUGAAUUUGGACCACAUAAAAUUCGUGUGAAUUCUGUCAAUCCUACUGUUAUUCAUACCAGAAUGACUGAAAGCCAGGGUUUAUUCGAUCCAAGUAAUGAGUUCGCAAACCGUAUGAAAGAGAGAACGCCUCUGAGAAGGUUUGCUGAGGUGUCUGAUGUUAUAAAGCCUGUUAUUUUCCUUCUGAGUGAUAAUGCGUCAAUGAUAACAGGAGUCUGUUUACCCAUAGAUGGAGGGUUAGGAGUUUGCUUCCCCUGAUUUUAUUGGCAACUCAUUGUUCUUUGUAAAGGGCAAUGUUGAGUACAGCGCGCAAAAUGAAAAUUGUCCUAACAUUAACAAUUUUUAAUCUAAUAGUCAACUUUUUACGCACUAAUCAUUAGAAGGGAGUACGUAAAUGAAAUAAUGUGUAAAUAAAUUCUGCAAAACCAGAUAUAGUAACGUACUUUACCAAAAUAACUAUUCAAUUUUUUUUUAAUUUUUUUUUAAACGGAUUUGUAUUUUGACUCUCAAGGUAUGGGGAAUUGAAGAAUUCUGGAAAAUAUGCUCCCUUCAGUUAAGUAAGUAAACCAAUCAAUAGCUUGGAUCUUUUAAUUCUAAAUUUAUUUUGUGCCCCAUAUUCUUCCAUAAAUAUGGUAAUAAUUUCGUAAACUAAAAGUUACUUGUCUCUAUCUUUAACAGUAAAUUAAGAGAAUAAAAUUUUAUGCACAAUAUAAUUUUUUUAAUAAUUAUUUAAUUUAAUUAUUGUCUCAAAAAUUCAAAUUGUAAGGUAUGACGAUUUUUACAUUUAAUUGAACGAAAGAAAUCUAAGGGGAAAAAAUCUAUAAUUUGAACGAAAUUGGUUUUAUUGUUUUUGAAAAAUAGAAACUUAAAAUUAAAACGUAUUGAAUUUAUAUAAUUCUGAAGCUAUUCCUUCGGUGUCAUUUAAGUUUCAGAUUUUAUAUUUUAAAAUUGGAUAGCUUUUAGUAUUUAAGAAAAUUCAUUCUUUAUAAUUAAAUUUUUAUAUCAAAUAAUAAUAAUAAGUAUAAAAUUAGUAAGAAAUAUUUCUGAUAUAAAAUAUUGUUUUGUUAAAUGAUUUUAUAAGUAUGUUAAAAGAUAUUUUUGAAUUCACAUGAUUCGAUCCACACGUAUAGCGAAUUAUGAAGAAAUUAUAAUAACUAUAAACUUGAUAUGUAAGCUUUUUUUGCUGCUAAAUUAUCUUUUUUCUAAGCAAUUUUUAGAUGCAGAAUUUAAAUGCAUAAUCGUGCAAUUAGAUCCAAAGAUAUAGCGAAUUCAACAAAGAAGUAAAUUUAUUUUAUAGAGGGCCCAAACUUUUCAGCUCAACUGAUGACAAAAUAGUUUAGACUCUAUUUACAUUCGUAUGUAGACUAAUGCAUUCAUUACAAAUAAUGAUUAAUUAAACCUAUGGAAGCCAAUUAUCACAGAUAAUGGAAAUUUGAAACCAGUGGAAAAAAGUAUUCACUUUCAGUUAAUGCAAGAAUUUAUGUCUUAUUUCGUAAAAUAAAUUAUUACCUUCAUUAAUAAUUAGAUGGUCAAAAAGGGGAUUCUCACUUCUUAAAAUAGUGCUCUUCAGCACAUAAAAAAUCGAUCUCUAGGCCAAAAGUUUUUCAUGGUAUAGGGUUCUUUAUUUUGCGCUGUACUCAUAUAGCUCUCAUCAUAGAAGAAUACCAAGAUUUUGCAUUUAAAAUCGUUCCUUAGAAGCAUUAAUUAGAAAUAGUUUCAUUCACUUGAUAAAGAAUCCUUUCUAGAUCUUCAGCAAUAUUGUUUUGUAUAUUUCUCAUUCGAUAGAGUAGAUUUUGUUUACUAAUCAUUUUGUGCUAUGUAUUUUUGUUAUGAAAUGAUAUAUAGCUCAGUUACUAAACCUUUUAGACAUAAAUUUCGACUUAUUUAUCACUUGAAAAGUAAAGAAAAAGUGUUCAAAUGACAAUGUGCUGUGUAAUUGUACAACUUAUUACUCUUAUGAAAUUUUAAAUAAAAUUAUUAUACCAAUCCGUA